AUGGAUAGUUCAUCAUCAAAUGUUACUAUUGACGAUUUAGUUAUUGAUAAUGCUAUAUUAUAUGAAACAAUUCGUAAAUCAUUUAAACGUGAUCCAUUUGAUCAUUAUGUUAAUGGUGUAUGUGGUUUAUUUAUUUGUCUUCUUGGUACUAUUAGUAAUGCAAUGAGUUUUUCUAUUCUUAUUCGAAGGACAAUGCGUCUUUCAACUUAUGUUUAUUUAGCUGGACUUUGUUUAAGUGACUUUACUGCUUGUCUUUUUCUUAUACCCGGUUAUAUAUUAGAUGCAUAUCCUGUUGAAGUACCAGAUUUUGAAUUACCACGAACAUAUACUUAUACAAAAUUAAUAACAAUUACUGGUGCAAUUAGUACAACAUCUCGUGCUCUUAGUAUUUGGCUUUGUGUAGCAUUCACAAUUGAUCGAUGGAUAAUGAUAUGUCGUCCAUUUGUUGGGCCACUUUAUUGUACAAUAAAAAAUGCACGACGUGUUACUUUGAUGAUAUAUAUCGUUGGUAUUUUUUAUGCUAUUCCACUUACGUUUGAAUAUGAAGUACACGCAGAUAGAUCUUUAUCAGAAGUACUUGUUAUUAAUCUUAAUAAAAAUAUCUUUCGAUAUAGACUCAGCGAAUUAGGAAGCAAUUCAAUAUUUCGGUGGACUUAUGCUUUAAUUAAUGCACUUGGUGUUUAUACUAUUCCAUUAAUAGUUAUUGCAAUACUUAAUCGUAAAUUACUCAUAUCAAUUCGUUUACUUGAAAAACGUUCUGCUGAAUAUAAUGCUCCAUUGCCUACAAAACAAGGUAAAUUAAAAAGAAUUAAUUCAAAACAAACAAUUGAUUAA